GAGGUGGGAAAGCGGCUCUGACUCCUCCGUCGUUCAACAGCAGCUCAAGCGACACGGACGCGCACCGAAGGGACUCAAAUGGAGAAGUCCAAAAACUUUCGCAUCGACGCGCUUCUGGCAGUCGAUACACCCAGGGUGCAGACCUCCCCGCUGGCGCUGGUCACUUCCCUGUCCUCCUCCUCCAUCCCGUCGUCCGGGAGCGUGGCGUCCCAGGAGCACAUCAGCAGCAUCGAGUCUCUGCGCAACGAGACGCCAUCCCCGCCGAGGAUGUCCUCUUGCGGGCUGAUCCCCAAACCGGGCUUCCUCAACAGCCCGCACAGCAUGCUUGGAUUACAUCCGCAGAGCACCGCAGGCAUCCCCGCACAGGCUCUCUACGGCCACCCCAUGUACACCUACUCCGCUGCUGCGCUCACUGGCCAACACCCUGCCCUGUCCUACUCCUAUCCACACGGCUCCCAUCACCACCACGCCAGUGAUCCCAUCAAACUGACAGCCAGCACCUUCCAGCUGGACCACUGGCUCCGGGUCUCUACAGCCGGGAUGAUGCUGCCCAAAAUGUCUGACUUCAAUGCUCAGGCGCAGUCCAACUUGCUCGGGAAGUGCAGAAGACCCAGAACUGCCUUCACAAGUCAGCAGCUGCUGGAGCUGGAGCAUCAGUUCAAACUGAACAAGUACCUGUCCAGACCGAAGCGUUUUGAGGUGGCCACGUCCCUCAUGCUGACAGAAACACAGGUCAAAAUCUGGUUCCAGAACAGACGAAUGAAAUGGAAAAGGAGCAAGAAGGCCAAAGAGCAGGCCGCGCAGGAUGCUGAGAAGCAAAAGGGCAGCAAGAGCGGCCAGGAGAAAUCUGACGGACUCGAAAAGUCGGAUUAUCGCAGCAAGACAGACUCAAAAAAUGGCAGAAUAAAAGACUUCCGGGACAGUGACGACGACGAGGGCGAGAGUUUCAUGUACAACUCGUCCGACUGCUCCUCGGACGACGAGAGGAAUCGCGCCAGUGACAUCAGUCCCCAGCCCUGAAGCUGGAGAAAAAAGAAUAAGGGAUGAAGAUCUCCAUUUGUAAAGACUGUGGGGGAUUCUCGCUUUAAAAUGCAGUUGCAUGUUAUCCAAUCUCUAAUCACCUACAUGGAAGAAAUGAGCAUUUUGUCAAAAGAAAAGAAGAAAAAAAGAAUAGAAAUUAGGUCAAAUAUAAAUGCCCAUAAUGUCAUAAUAAACAAGCAAUAAAAAGUGGAUAUUUAGAUUUUAUAACGCACACACAUCACUCAGCAUAUAGAUAAACUGUGACAUAUACAAAACGCUGUACACCGGAUCCGGACUCUGCGAUAUGUACUUGUUGUGAUUAGUUCAAUAAGACACACAGCCCAUAGUCUGCUGCCAUUCCUCUUGAUUUGGCCUUAUUUGUUCUUUGUGGUGUUAUACUUCCGAGUAGUGUGUCGUGUCACGCUAAAAAAAGUGUUAUGUUUAUUUUUCUAUACUGUAUUUAUAAAGUGGUCAUACCAGUGCAUGCUAAAUUAUUUUUAGUUUAGCGUCUCUCUCGGUGGAAACUGUGAAAUAAAAAUGCUUUUUAUAUAA